AUGUAUCCAUCAGAAGAAAUUCAACUGUUGCUCAUAGCAAAAAUGCCUUUUGAAUUAAUAAAUACAAAAGAAGACCUAUUCCAGUGGACCGCUCUAGAUUACGCAUUUGCAAACCGCUACGAACCUUCAGUAAAACACCUACUAACUAUUGGAGCAGUGGUGGAUGAGGACACCUUGCUCCAGCAGAUAUCGUCAAACACAGGAUUAUUGUUGUUAAUUACUGGUGUACAUUUCUAUGGAACAUGGUUAAACUCUCAUGAACACUACAAGAUGAUUGCGAAUCGACUACACAUUCGAUCAGUAGAAUAUUUGCUCAACGAUAGACAUCUCGACGUGUUCUCUCACCAUAAGGAACUCGACUCUCUGACAAUCUUAGAGUACUGCUCAGAGCAUAAUAUGAUCGGUCUACUCAUACAGCUUGUCUCACAAUCGAUCAUGCGGGAAAGAAUUUCAACCAAUAUUUAUGGUCAAAUGUUUCAAAUAGCAUCAGAGAACAAUGCCCAUGACAUUAAAACGUAUCUGGUGGAUAAAAACAAAACGCUUCUUCCCAGAAUGAUAAAUGUUGCUCUCCUCAUCACUGCCAUUAAGUCUUGUAUCAGUCAGAAUCAAAUGAACCCAUUCAAAGAGAUUUUUCAUCAACUGUGCCUCCAACGCAAGAUUCAUAUAGUUGAUGAUACAGACAUUAUCACAAAUAGUCAUGCGGCGGGUGAUGAUCGAAUACCUCCGUUGGAUAAACAAUACUAUCCAAAGAUCUGUUGUGUGCGAAGUUCUGAUAACGAGCAGCUUUCGUUGCCACAGUAUGAUGAGAAAGAUAUCCUACAUGAAGGAUACCUUAUCGAAGCUCUUCUUGCUACAGCAGUGCAUGAAGGAAACAUGCAGAUGGUCCAAUACAUUGUGCAGAAGACCAACACGGCCAUUACCAACAGACUCAUUGUGAAGGUGAUGCGAUUGUUACCGAAGAAAUAUGAUGUUUGUCAUGAGAAUUCGAUGGACGCAUUCAUGUAUCUUCUCGCAAGAACGACCGAUCUAGACAGUAUCGACGACGAGGGCCGUAACCUCCUCCAUGUGACGGCUCAAAAUGGUUGUUUCUUCAUGCUGCAUUGUUUGAUUGCCAAAGGAUUUGAUCCAACAAUUGUCAACAAGAGAAACGGGUGGAAUGUGUUUCAUUAUGUGGCUUUCAAUCGGGAUGUAGAUCGGACUGACAAAAUAUUGGAGUUCUUAUUGGUUAAGUGUGAUAUGAAAUGGUUCCAUGAUUUGGACCGUCUGGUCGAAUCAGAUAAGGAUGCGCUAAAUGCAGAUACAAAUCGAAACACACAAAGCACAAAAAAGCUCAACAAACAACAACAUGCUCUGUUAGCCAUGUACGUUAUAUACAGUAAAAGAUGCUUAACUGAUAUUAUGUGCGAUCAGGAACAACAAGAAGCUUUUCAAUGCAUACGAGAAGUCGCUCAGGGCAUUGCAAAGAGUGAUAUCAUACGAGGGUUUCGCUGA